AUGUCACAAAACAAUGGAUUUGCCGUCUACAUGGCCAACGUGCCUCCCACCUUGACGGAGAGAACCCUAACUGCAGAAUUAACGCCCUUUCUAGACCAACUGGGUAUCAGGGACUGGAUCUGCGACAAGCCUCGCGACAGAACCUUCGGUAUUCUCACUUUUCUUUACCGUAAGGACGGUCAGACCUUUUUGAACGCUCAUGGAGAGGAGCGCCUUCCUGGCGCUUCCCUUCGUGCCCGUGGAGAACCAAGGAUGAGGGCCCGUCUCAGCCUCUUGAGUAACCACGUUUUUUGCAGGGAAAGUGACAGGGAACCCGAUCAAACGUUACUGAAGGUGCUAGAGAUGAGCGCUUAUGAAAGAGAGCACCCCCCUGACAUUGACGAGGAGCCACGUACAGCCAAACAUGUCGUCUUUGAUAUCAAUGAACUAUCAUGCGGCCACUAUGACUAUCCAAAUAACAUCCUAACGUACACAGCUGAUAUUCAAUGGCGCAUUCCACAAGGUACCGCAAAGUUCGCUAGAGAUACCUUGAUUAUCUCUUACGCUCACAGCCCCGGCCAGAUACGUCUCGAGAUACCUUACAGAACAAUAGAUGAAGUGGUCAUUUCUGGCCGACCGCCUUCGCUGUUCCUAACGCUCUGGGAACCCCCCAAGAUUUUCCUCCUUGCGCAUGAAGGCGGCGAUAUCGCGGCGCUUACUACCCUCAUGGGUAGAUUGGUCUCGAAUUUUAGCCCUAACCUUUCUCGAUCACGUUUGAGGGAACGCUUGAGCAAGAUUCCCCACAGCAGUGUUAAUCACGGUGAGGUCAUCGGCCAAUCGCUCAUCUACUCUAUCGUGAUCUCUCCGGAAGAAUUCGCUCCCAAGAUAGAACGGCUAAAAGAGAAUGAGUACUUAAAGUUUACUCGGCAUAACGUCCCUAUUGCUCUAUAUCAUUGCAACUAUAUGGCCAAGGGAUUGGCUUCUUUCAAGUCUACUAUUGCUGAGUGCUCGCAGACAAUCCCGUUUGACAUAUUGUAUCAGUUUCAAGGAUUGGUUCAAAAUGGAUAUCUGCUACCACACAUCGCCCAAACUUUGCUCCUUCGACUCCAGAUGAGCAAGUCUGGCGACAUACCUACAACAGUCCAAAAUUUAGGAAAGGCAGAGUCUGGAGCUUCGUUGGCGGCAACACGACUUCCAUUCUCAUCUCACGCUGUGAAAAAACUGUUCUCCCAAAUCCCGUUCCCAGGCCCUUACACAGAAGCCAAAAUGUUUGACGUCAAUGAUAUGUGGUCAUUACUUGAAUCUAACGAAAAGGAGAUGCGGCAAGGCCUGACCAAAGGUCUAUUUUCGGAUCGGGCGCGCCAGAACUUGACAAUGGUCUAUAAAGUGCAAGUAACGCCAACUCGAAUCCUGUUCAGGGGUCCCGAGCCUGAAGCAAAGAAUCGCAUCCUCCGGAAGUUCCCACGCCACACUGGUUAUUUUGCGCGCAUCCAGUUCUGUGAUGAGGACGGUCAGGAUAUCUUCUAUAAUGCUAAGGUCUCAUUGGAUAAGAUAUACUCGCGAUUCAAUCAUAUUCUCAAUGAGGGCUUCUCGAUCGCCGGACGAAUAUACAAAUUCUUAGGGUUCUCGCAUUCAUCUCUACGAUCUCAUGCUGUUUGGUUCAUGGCCGCCUUUAUCGAUGAUAACAAACAAUUUCGCAGCUAUGUCAGUGUGAUACUUGAACUCGGUGACUUCCAAGGUGCGGCCCGGAUUGGCCAGGCUUUCUCUGAAACGCCUAUAGCAGUUGAUUUGGAGGCAUUGGGCACCGAAAUCAUACGGAUACCAGAUGUGAAGUCUAAAAAUGGCAACCGUGUUUUUAGUGAUGGUGUCGGAACUAUUUCGAGGGAGUUGUUGGAGGCAAUUCGUGAAUACCUACCCCAGAAGUCACAGACAGCUACUUGCCUUCAAAUCAGAUGGGCUGGUGCGAAAGGCAUGCUAAGUCUAGAUGACACGCUGAAAGGCAACGUUAUGUGCGUGCGUGAGAGUAUGCUCAAAUUUGAGAGCCCAGAUACCCAAAAUCUCGAGAUAUGCGACGUUGCAAAUAAGCCCAUACCUCUGGUCCUCAAUCGACAAAUGAUCAAAAUCCUUGAGGAUAUGACAGCUCCCGAAUCAUGGUUUUUCAAGGCUCAGAACCGGGAGCUUAAUCGUUUGCGAAUGAUCACUGCUACAACUGAAAAUACUGUGAAGUUUCUAAGGCGCCAGAAAACGGCAGAACAAAUGCGCUUCUCCCAGUUCAUUCAACGUCUUCAUAGAAUAAAAUUGGACUACAAGAAGGAUGCAUUCCUCUGCUCUGUUGUAGAGGCUGUUGUGCUACGCGAGGUUCGCCUGCUCAAACACAAGUCUCGAAUACCCGUAGAGCAAGGCGUGACUCUAUUUGGGGUUAUGGACGAGUUUGGUUACUUAGGGGAUGAAGAAGUGUUUAUUACAUUCGACAAGCAGCACGGACUUUCAUGCCCUGAUCUCGACGAUCGUCUCGUGAUUGUCACCCGAUCUCCUGCAUUGCAUCCUGGAGACAUACAGAUUCGCAGAGCAAUUACACCACCUCCAGGCCACCCGCUCUGCAGCCUCUCCAACUGUAUCGUGUUCAGUCAAAAGGGGAAUCGAGAUUUGCCGAGCCAGCUUAGCGGAGGUGAUCUUGAUGGCGACAUUUAUAACGUGAUAUGGGAUCCCAUUCUUGUCGACGGAUGCAAGCUCGAAUUCGAACCUGCUGACUAUCCACGAGUUCCGCCUCUUGAUAUAGGUAGAAAUGUACGCGCGGAAGAUAUGACUGAAUUUUUCGUCAAGUUUAUGGCUACAGAUCAACUAGGAGUAAUUGCCGUAAAACACAUGAUCCUCGCGGACCUACACGAUGCAGGUGCUGUCCAUGAUGAAUGCACCACCCUGGCCGAGAUGCAUUCUACAGCUGUCGACUACUCUAAGACUGGAAUACCAGUCAACAUGAGACAACUGGCAACAAUGAAGAGAACGAAAGACCGUCCAGAUUUCUUGGCACCCGCUCCUCCUACGAAUAUUGUAGACAGAACUGAGAUUCUGUUUGAGCCGCCUGUGGUGCUGUCGACAGACGCAGACGAAGACGAUGAUACCGGACCAAAGCAUCGAUUCUACAGAUCUAUCAAGAUCCUUGGCAAGCUAUACCGCGCUAUUGAUGAGAAGAAGAUAUGGAAAGACGACAUCCAUCUACCCCGCAACCGUUCCGACCCUUCACUAUGGGAUGAGAUCAUCAGAUAUAUACAGAAACAAUGUGAUACUAAUUUCGGACGUGUUGAUUGGCAGAGGGCAAAGGAUAAUGCACGACGAAUUCGCCAGGCAUACGAAGAUGCUAUCUGGUCAGCGACGGUCACGUACUCAGAUCAUGCUUCAAAGAGCAUCACUGAAUUAGAAGUCUUCACCGGUGCAAUCUUCAAUAAAUCCGGCAUACAGACACGCCGGCAACGCGAUACAUCCAUCCAGCUCAAAGACGAUUUUGAUCGUAUCGUGAAGUGGGUGGAGAGCCUCAUUCGGAAGCAAGAUAUGCAGUCUUCAACAGAUAAUCCGGAAGAUGCGACAGACGAUGAUACAAUUGGUAGCUCUGACGAGGCAAAAGACGACAUCUCUUCAGUUGGGACCGAAUUCACUCCUCUGGAAUUGAGUAUCGCGUGUCUUCGUGUAGGGGUCGUCAGAACUAAUCGUGAUCGCUACUCCGACCAGCGGAAUGCUGGUAAUUUCGAGAGCUUCAAAGUCAUCGCGGCUCACUGCGCCUUGAGAGAGCUGGACCUGGCCAUACAGGAAAAGGAUAUAGCCAAUGGGGCCGCUUAUCUAAGCGGCGGUUUCCCAGGCGUCAGGAGCGGAAGGCAUGUGUGA